AUUGUUCAAGUUGUUGUUCUCUUUUAAAUUAUAAUAUUCAUUACUAGAUGACCCGGUGAACUUCGUAUCACUUACCUCUUAAUAUAAACUAUAUGUAUUUUAGAGCAUUAUUUUCAUCUCCACAUUACGAAGUUUCACUUCUUCCGCGCGGAGGGACUCCACGCACAAUUUUUUGUAGCUUCGCGAUUCGAUUUGAGUGCGUAGUCGAUGUCUCCGAUUGUGAACAUUUUGUUAUUUGUGGCAACAUUAUUUGGGCUGUGCGAGCCGUCAUCAAAAUUCUUCGAUAUUGGAUUUCUUGGUCUUGGAUUUUCGUCACGGACAUUUGGGCAUCCUUACUAUCCUUAGCAUAAUAGUCUUGUUAAAAUCAUGGCAGAUCCAAAAGAUGUUAUUAGCAUGAAGUCGUGUCGAAUAUGUCUGACAAACAAGAAACCCCUGUGUCCCCUAUUUCGAUACAAAUUGUCUGGUAAUUACGCUGAAAUGCUUACCGCCAUUGCAGACGUAAAGGUAUCAUCAAAUGAUGGUUUGCCAGAUAAGAUUUGUAACAAAUGCUGCACUUCUUUGGAGAAAGCAUAUCUCCUUAGGACUAUUGCAGAAAGAUCGGAUAAAAUUCUAAGAAAAGCUGUAAUUAAAACAAACGAAAAUGUUCCAACCAAAAAGAUAGCAUUUGACUCUUUCACUGAUAUAAAAAGUGAGAUAGCACCACUAGCCGUCAAAGCCGAGCCGAAAUGGGAAAUGGAAAUAGAAGUUCUUGACACCUUAAAUGCGCCAAAACCAAUGGACCCUAUCGAUGGCAAGGACAUAGUCAUAGCCAACACUGUGAUCAGGAAAGUUGAGCCAGGCUCCGAGGAACCUAAAAAAGAAACCUCGGAGGAUGUCGAUCUGACAUGGACCAAGACUAAAUCUAACAACUAUGAUGCAGAAUACCUGGACGAUGAUUUCUUCCAAGAUGAUGAUGAUGAUGAUUAUGUGCCACCCAAAGAGAAACAGAAAACUAAAUUCAAAAAACCAAAGUUGUCUGACAUCAAAGUUUUCAAGGAAAAGAAAAAAACUAUUGUUAGAAAACUGAAAGUAUUAUCCAAGUCCGACAACUUUGAAAGCUUGGGCUCUAGUGAUGAUGGCAAAGGCAAGACAGCAACAACAAUUACGUGCUAUCCGAUAAUGAAGAACGGCUCCCGCGGACCACCGAUCCUCCUCAAGCGGCCAAAGGACGCGACGAUCCUCAAGGUUCACCCCAACUACAAGCCUCGGGCAGAAACCACGCGGCUCGUCCGGCGCGACAAGCCCGUCCGCAUGGUCCGCUCGGCCAAGCCCGUGGUCAAGCCCAGGGAGAAGAUGGUGUGCCCGGUCUGCGGGAUUCUCACUUACACUCUUGGCAACCACAUUGCUACGCAUCAAGAGAAAAAACGAUACUCCUGCAGUCAAUGCACGCGAUCAUUCGCGCAGAAGGCGAACCUGCAAGUACAUCAGAAACAGCAUACCGGGGUCAAGGACCACAUCUGCGAGGUCUGCGGCGCCGGGUUCUACAGCCAGAAGUCGCUAGUCAGGCAUAAUCUAAUUCACAAAGGCGAGAGGCCCUACCCGUGCACGCUGUGCAAUAAGAGGUUCAUUGCAGCUUCCGGUUUGAACCGGCACAUGAGGAUACACAACUGCGACAAGCGGUUCAGCUGCGAUAUCUGCAGUCGCGUGUUUAUUCAGAGCCAUCAUUUGCAGAAUCAUAAGCUCUCGCAUACGGGAGACAAGCCUUUUACGUGUCAGGUAUGCAACGUGUGCUUCAGCUACAAAGUGAACCUGAACAACCACGUGUACAAGGUGCACGGCAUCAACCUGAAGUUCAAGUCCAUCCACACGGUGACGGAGGACGUGCUGCGCCGCGAGAUGGGGCUGGCGGGCGAGGCGCGCGCCGCCGCGCUCGCGCUGCCCGCGCUGGACGCGCCGCAGCAGGACUACGCCGUCGUGCACUAGCCGAAAACCUAGUCAAAUGUUGGAAGUGAAAAAAACUUGUAAUUUAAUCCCUUAGUGGAAUGGUGAAUAUUUUGACGUCACGCAAAUAUAAAAAUGUUUUUGUAAUUUUGCUGACGGAAUAAUAAAACGUCGAAAGAAUGAUACAAAUGUUAAACCAUUUGGAGGUUAAAGUGAUGUACUGACACUACUGACAUCACUAACUAGUAGAGUAUGGAAGGUAGAGGCAAGGAACAGAAUCUCCAUAUACCAAAAAGUGUCCGACAAAAAACCAUAAAUAGAUGGCGCUACAAUACCUAGAAUACUUGAGAAAAAAAUCUAAUCAGAGACAGCGCACUUCACUCCGUCAAUAACGCCUAGGUUCUUAGCUACUCUGGAGAGAUUUGGAACUAUUAUUUAUAGCUGACAGCUGGACACUUUUGCAACAGUUCUGCCUAAGGAGAUUAUGUUCCUUGUCUCUACCUUCCACAUAGUAGAGAUAGUAAACGUCAUAAUAAAAAACCUGUAAAGAGUCCAUCUGAGUUUUCUCCAGUAGGGUACUGUGGAAACACUUUUGACAAUUUCCUUAUGAAAAUGAGGUGUCAAUUAUACUGGUCCCAGCUGCAAUCAAGUGACAUAAGUCACAUAGUUUAUUUUAAUUUAGAUUUGACAUAUCUUGUUUUGUUUUUUAACGAAGUACAGCGUAUUCUGGAUUAAGGAUUCGUGUUAAUUUAUUUUAUCGCUGAUGACUUGGCUUAGGCGGACUUCGUCAUUUAACUGGAAUUCCAACAGAUGAGCUCACGAGAUUUUUUUUUUUCAUUUUUUCAUGCAUAAGAUCCUAAUGCUUAGGCGCCGAACGCCCCAAAACAAUUUCAGUGAUUUUCGUGGUCCUCGGGUAAAAAAGCUGAAAAUUGUUCAGCAAUGAGAUUGAAGUCUAAAGAAGUUGUGUAUGUUAAAACUGUGAACGUAAUAAUGAAGAAGCGUGUAUUAAAGUUUAUUGUAAUUUUUAA